AUGGGGCUGGGAGAGGGGAGUGUGCAGCAGAUAAGGCAAGUGCUGCUUUUCUUUCUUUUCUUGGGAGGGUCCUCAGUUCAUUCUGGGUCCCAGAGCUAUUCUAUGGCAGAGGAAGUAGAGAUGGGCUCUUUUAUAGCAAACGUAAUUAAAGAUAUGAGCUCCAGUGUGGAAAACCUAGCUGCAAGGGGCUCCAGAGUCAUCUUUGACAACUAUAACCCUUACUUGAGGCUGGAUCUGAAGACAGGCAACUUGCUCUUAAAUGAACGACUAGACCUGGAGGCACUUUGUGGUAAAACUGAACCCUGUAUAUUGCAUUUCCAAGUAUUAUUUGAAAGUCCUUUGCAAUUUUUUCAGGCUGAGAGUUUGGCCAGAGGCAUAAAUGAUCACAUUCCCACAUUCCUCGACAAACAUAUACUUCUAAAAAUCUCAGAAGGUACUACUCCAGGAACUUCAUUCCAAAUGGAUAGGGCUUGGGACCUAGAUGAGAAGGAAUCUAUCCAAAACUAUACAAUAAGCCUCAACCCCCAUUUCAACCUUAAAUUACAAGACAGGGCUGAAGGCAGAAAAUACCCAGAGCUGGUGCUGGACCAAUCUCCUCAUAGAGAAAAGGAGCCUGAGCUUAGUUUAACUCUAACAGCCUUAGAUGGCGGGUCCCUGUCCAGGUCUGGGACCAUGCUGAUUUCAGUUGUGGUCCUGGAUAUCCAGAACACUGCCUCUGAGUUUGAGAGACCAGUCUGUGAGGUUCAGAUACCAGAGAACAGCACUGCAGAUGGGUUGGUAAUAAAGGUAUCUGCUACAGAUUUGGACGCAGGAACAAAUGAAAACUCUUCAUUUUCUCAUAUUUCUAGAGAGGUACAGAAAACAUAUGAAAUCCUUCCAGUUUCUGGUAAAGUACAUUUGAAAGGAUAUGUAGACUUCUAGAAAAUUCAGUCUUAUACAAUAAAUAUUCAGGCCACUGGCGGUGGGAGUCUUUCUGGAAAAUCAGCCAUUAUAGUGCAGGUUAUAGAUGUGAAUUACAAUCCUCCAGAAAUAGCCAUUACAUCUCUUACCAGCCCCAUACCACAAAGCUUUUUGCCUGAGUUGGUGGUGGCUGAUUUCGGCAUAAGAGACCAAAAUGCUGGAGACAAUGAGAGAAUGAUUUCCUCAAUUCCAGACAACCUUCCCUUUCUACUGAAACCCUCCAUUGAGAACUUCUACAGGCUAGUAACCAAAGGAGCACUGGACAGAGAGAGCAGAUCCCCGUACAUCACCAUCACGGUUUCAGACAUGGGGACUCCCAGGCUGCAAACGGAGCACAGCAUAAGCGUGCAGGUGUCCGACGUGAACGACAACGCCCCGGCCUUCACGCACACCUCCUACGCCCUGCGGGUGCGCGAGAACAACAGCCCCGGCCUGCACAUAGGCAGCGUGAGCGCCACAGACAGGGACGCGGGCACCAACGCCCAGCUCACCUACUCGCUGCUGCCGCCCCCAGAGCCGCACCUGGCCCUCGCCUCGCUCGUGGCCAUCGACGCGGACAGCGGGCAGCUGUUCGCCCUGAGGCCGCUGGACUACGAGGCCCUGCAGGCCUUGGAGUUCCGCGUGGGCGCCGCCGACCGCGGCUCGCCCGCGCUCAGCAGCCAGGCGCUCGUGCGCCUGCUGGUGCUGGACGCCAAUGACAACUCGCCCUUCGUGCUGUACCCGAUGCAGAACGCCUCUGCGCCCUGCACCGAGCUGCUGCCCAGGGCGGCCGAGCCGGGGUACCUGCUCACCAAGGUGGUGGCGGUGGACGGCGACUCGGGCCAGAACGCAUGGCUGUCCUACCAGCUGCUCAAGGCCACGGAGCCCGGGCUCUUCAGCGUGUGGCCGCACAAUGGCGAGGUGCGCACCGCCAGGCUGCUGAGCGAGCGCGACGCGCCCAAGCACAGGCUGCUGGUGCUGGUCAGGGACAAUGGCGAGCCGCCGCUGUCUGCCAGCGUCACGCUGCACGUGCUGCUGGUGGAUGGCUUCUCCCAGCCCUACCUGCCGCUGCCGGAAGCGGCGGCCGAACAGGGGCAGGGCGACGCGCUCACCUUGCACCUGGUGGUGGCCUUGGCGUCGGUGUCGUCGCUCUUCCUCUUGUGUGUGCUGGUGUUCGUGGCGGUGCGGCUGUGCAGGAGGAGCAGGGCGGCCUCUCUGUCUGGCUGUGCUGUGCCAGAGGAUCACUUUCCGGGCCACCUGGUGGACGUCAGCGGUGCGGGGACCCUGUCCCACAGCUACCAGUAUGAGGUGUGUCUGACAGGACACUCUGGGACUACCGAUUUCCAGUUCCUAAAGUCUGUUAUCCACAGUCAUCAGGGGACUGUGAAUGAUGUGGAUGAAAAUCCAUUUUUAUGA